UCCCUGUUUUAUAAUUUACUAGCGGCAUUUUUUAUUCGCAUUUGAAGUUGCCUUCGUUCAUUCAUCCCGUGCAUUGUUGGUAUGUUUAUGGGCAUUGUUAUUGACGUCGGGUUGAUCUUUUGGUGCUCCGGUUGGGAGAUGUGAGAACGUACAUCGCUUUUUGGUUGGCAAAGACAGAACACAACAACAACCAAAGAAGAAAGAAAGCACAACAAGAAAAGUAGUGUGUUAUUACGAUUAGAGCAGCCAAAGAAGAGAGUUUCUGUCACUAAGCCUAGUUAAGGCGGUCGGAUUGGUUGGUGGUUUGUAAACGAAAGACACGUCGACAAAAGAUAUUAAUUGUUACCAUUUCAUGCAGGUAGCAGACCUGAUAAGUGCUACAGAAUCUCUCUAGAAUAAUUGAGAUAAAGAACAAAAAAACAUAAUUUAGAUCAACAUGCGAAUUAGUAAUAUACGCAAUGGACGCAUUUGCCGUUUGGCAUUGUUGCUAAUACUUUUGCCACUUUUGUAUUUGUUGAUCACUUGGAGUGAUGGCCACAAAAGAGUGCAAGAGGUUUAUCAGGCUAAAUUUGGCACGGGACGACGUCACUAUCAACGUCUGGAGGGGAGACCCAAGGAAAUACCGGUUUUGGUAGAAGGUUUGGGUAACUUUGAACCCACCACGCUGGAAGAACGUGUUGGUCCCGGUGAAAAUGGCGAGGCAUAUCAUAUGCCAGCCCAUAAGAAAAACGAAGCAGAUGAGUCCGAAAUGGAAUAUGGCAUGAAUAUUGCCGCCUCUGAUGACAUCUCCAUGCAUCGCAGUGUGCGCGACACCCGUCUGGAAGAGUGUAAACAUUGGAAUUAUCCAUACGAUUUGCCAAAGACCAGUGUUAUUAUUGUCUUUCACAAUGAAGGCUUUUCAGUGCUGUUACGUACCGUCCAUUCGGUCAUAGACCGUACACCUAAGCAUAUUUUACACGAAAUUAUAUUGGUCGAUGAUUAUUCGGAUAAAAAGAAUUUGGGCGAGGAGUUGGAAAAUUACAUUAAACAAUUUAAGGGGUUGGUUCGUUUGAUACGCAACAAGGAAAGGGAAGGUUUGAUUCGAACUCGUUCGCGUGGUGCUAAGGAGGCAACAGGCGAAGUAAUAGUCUUCCUUGAUGCCCAUUGUGAGGUGAACACAAACUGGCUUCCACCAUUAUUGGCUCCCAUUUAUCGUGAUCGCACCGUAAUGACUGUGCCUAUUAUCGAUGGCAUUGAUUAUAAAACAUUUGAAUAUCGUUCCGUUUAUGGAAGUGAAAAUCAUUUCCGUGGCAUUUUUGAAUGGGGUAUGUUGUACAAGGAGAAUGAGGUGCCCAAGCGGGAACAACGUCGUAGACAACACAACUCCGAACCUUAUCGCAGUCCCACCCACGCCGGCGGUCUAUUUGCCAUUAAUCGUGAAUACUUUUUGGAACUGGGUGCCUAUGACCCUGGCCUCUUGGUAUGGGGUGGUGAAAAUUUCGAAUUAAGUUUUAAAAUUUGGCAAUGUGGUGGCAGUAUUGAAUGGGUACCCUGUUCACAUGUUGGCCAUGUGUAUCGUGGAUUUAUGCCUUACAACUUUGGCAAGUUGGCCAGCAAGAAAAAGGGACCAUUGAUUACAAUUAACUACAAGCGUGUCAUUGAGACAUGGUUUGAUGAGACCCACAAAGAAUACUUCUAUACCCGAGAACCUUUGGCUAGAUAUUUGGAUAUGGGUGAUAUAAGUGAACAAUUGGCCCUAAAGAAACGACUCAAUUGUAAAUCGUUCCAAUGGUAUAUGGAUAAUAUUGCCUAUGAUGUAUAUGACAAAUUCCCUGCCCUACCGGCCAACUUGCAAUGGGGUGAAUUGAGAUCAGUGGCAACGGAAAAUUGCCUAGAUUCAAUGGGUCAUCAGCCCCCCGCCAUUAUGGGCCUGUCACAUUGUCAUGGUGGUGGUAAUAAUCAAUUGAUACGUUUAAAUGCUGCCGGUCAACUGGGUGUGGGUGAACGUUGCGUUGAGGCCGAUCGCCAGGGUAUUAAAUUAGCCGUUUGUCGUUUGGGCACAACCGAUGGUCCAUGGAGUUAUGAUGAGAACACCAAACACCUAUUGCAUCGAGCCCAUCGAAAAUGUGUUGCUGUCCACCCCACCACACAACAAUUGUUUUUGGCGCACUGUGAUGUUAAUGAUGGCUAUCAACAAUGGUAUUUUAAACCAAUCAAACCUAACUAUUAGACAAUCAAUUUAAGAUGAAGAUGAGGAAGUGAAGAUGAAUGAAGACGAAGGUGCAGAGACUGCAGCAUAUACAGACAUACAAAACAGAAGAAGGGGUAAUCUUAACGAUGUAAUAAUUAUGGCUUUAAUGACGUCUAAAACACACACACACACGCGCUUAUCUAUUACCACAAUGGACAUUAACAACAAUACUCUGCCCAUCAUCGUUAAGUAUUCCAAAUGAUACAAAGAAAGAAACUCUUAAACGGCCUAUAAAAUAAUUUUAUAAGCAAUAUAUCUAUUAGGAAAUUAUACAUAGAAAAUAUAUAAAUAUAUAGAGAAAAAAGGAAAACAG